AUCGCCGUUCAUAUUGGCGCUGCAAUUUAGAGUAAUUUUGGGAAACAAAGAAACAAAUAAAUGUAAUUUUGGUUGUGGUUGACAAGCUCAAAACCGAGGCGGAAUUUUUGUGGAAGCUGUCGCGAACUUCAAUCGAAUUUCGCGCUAAGAUUAGAAACGUUGUUCCUCGUGUAGAAGCGCGCCAAGGUGGAGUUCACUCAACCACCAUAAAUCACAAUCAGAUUCUCACGAUGGGGAAUUUGAGGAUAUCAGAAUGGAGAAAGCUUCCAGUGAGUUUGGCAGAGCUUUGUAUAGAUACCACUUUACGUUGUGGGCAAUCUUUUCGGUGGAAGAAAGCUGUAGAUGAAGAUUGCUGGUACACGAACGACUCUUUUCUAAUAACUGCAGUAGUCAACAAACAAGGUUAACUUCAAAUAGGUCUUGUACUCUUCACGGCCGUAUACUUUCUCUAAAACAGGACUCAACCCAUCUUCACUAUCGUACAAUAUUUCCUGAGGUUAAAGUACCAUCAAGCUCUCCACGUUUGGCCAAAAAGGAAGAGUCUGGAGAUGAUGAAGAGACGGAAUCUUUGCUUCGAAAUUAUCUCAAUCUUUCACCGAAUCUGACUGAAUUAUAUGAGCAAUGGUCGCUAGUAGACCCAAAUUUUAAGAAACGAGCACCCAAGUUCACGGGAGUUCGUAUUCUCAAGCAAGAUGCUUGGGAAGCUUUGGUAGGAUUUAUCUGCAGUAGCAAUAAUAAUAUUAUAAGAAUUUCGCAAAUGGUAUGUAUGUAUGUAUGCUAAGCCUCGAAUUAUUUUAUUGAUUGUGUUUUUAAUGUAGGUAAAUAAUUUGUGUCUACAUUAUGGUCCCUUAAUCGGGCAUAUUGGUGAUCAACCAUUUCACGAUUUCCCACAACCCGAAGCCUUAACUGGUUCAGGGGUAGAGUCACAUCUCCGUGUACUAGGCUUUGGGUAUCGAGCAAAGUACAUUGCCCAAACGGCUUCGAUUGUGGCCUCGAAGCCUAAAGGUUGGCUCGAAAAUCUUCACAAUCCGGAGACUUUUGACAUGCCCUUUGAGGGAGAAAUCCCAGCAGGAGGUCGUCCUGGGUAUAGGAAAGCACAUGAAGAGCUCCUUGAGCUUCAAGGAGUUGGUCCAAAAGUUGCUGACUGCGUUUGUUUGAUGGGUUUAGGAUGGGGAGAGGCAGUUCCUGUGGACACUCACGUCUGGCAAAUUGCUCAGAGGGACUACAAAUUUGGAAAAGGAAAACACAAGAGUCUCACCAAAGCUACAUAUGAUGCGAUUGGCGAUCAUUUUAGAGGUUUAUGGGGAAAAGAGGCUGGCUGGGCGCAUUCAGUCUUAUUUGCGGCGGAUUUGAAAACAUUUUCUGAUAAACUUGUCACCAAGGUCGAAAUUCAAGUUAACGAAGUCGGGGUAAAGCAGGAAAAUGGUGAUAUUCUAGAAAAGGAAGUCGCAGUCAAGCGCGAGUAUCGUUCGGAGGAGAUGGAGGUCAAGGAAGAAGAAAAGGUUACGAUAAAGCGUGAAGGCGGCACAGAAGAGAUCGAACUUGUGGAGGAGGUGAAAGUAUUCGAGCCGUCGGCAAGGAGUGUAAGAGCCAAGAGAAGGAAAUUGUAAGUAUCUAUGUAGGAGCUGUAAAAUAUUGUAUAACAAAUGUACCUAUACUAUACCAAAUUGGA